AGGAAAGACCGUUUCCACCCUUCUUCCUUAUGCCACGUCAGCAAAUAAAAUUCUCCAAACCGCCGUGAAGUUAAUACCACAGAAACACCCCACCACUUUCCGUCUCUUUUCUCCCCCAUCUUCCUCCCACGCGCCCCACGUUAUAUAUAUACAUAUAUUCUUCACACACACAAACACACGCAGUUAUACAUACAUAGAUACAUACACAGAAAGAAAAAAAGUAGUUAUGGAAAAGGCCGCUGCUUCAAAGGCGAUGGAGAUAACUGUAAUUUCCGCCGAGGGUUUGCUCGUAAACAGGAAGCAAACCGUCAGGAAAAACGUAUCCGUCACCGUUAAAACCGACCCGUUAAAUUCCAGAUCCACGGGUCGGGUCGACCCGGAGGGCGGGAGUUCGCCCGCCUGGAAGGAGAAGCUAGUGAUGGAUCUGCCCGUGCAUGCGCGUUUCAUCACCGUGGAAGUGCAUUCCGGCAGCAGGAUCGUCGGAGCCGCGAAUAUUCCGGUGACGGAUUUCUCCGGCGGGUACCUGCCGGAGAACCAUCUGAGCUUCCUGAGUUACAGGCUGAGGGACGGUAAUGGAGAUAGGAACGGGAUUGUAAAUCUGUCUGUGAAGGUGAGGGGAGCCGGGAAUACAGGCUGCGCCGCCAGCUGCUCGCGGCCGUGGAUUGGAGUUCCGGGACUUCCGGCGGUGGGUGAAAAGGCGCCCGCUGGGAUAGUUACGGGUAUUCCAGUUCCGUAUAAAUACUGAGUUGUUCCUCUGCAAAAAAAAAAAUACUGAGUCAUUGUUACCGAGUCAUGGAAUUCUUUUAUUUUUUU